CGCCAACAUACCAUAUAAGAAGAAGCUAGAGAAGAAGAGUUCAUUCAGGAAGCUCUGUUAAAAAAAUUCUAGUUCAAUAUAUAUCAAGCCCAUGAGAAGGAAAUGAGUAUCCCAGAUUACAUGCAGUGUGCUGAGGACCAUCAGACGGUCUUGGUGGUGGUCCAACCAGUGGGCAUCGUCCCUGAGGACGAGUUCUUCAGGAUCUACAAACGCAUUACCUCUGUGGCCCAGGUGUCCAUCCGGGACUCCCAGAGGAACCUCUAUAUCCGUUACCGUCACCACUACCUCCCUGAGAACAACGAGUGGGGAGACUUCCAGACACACCGUAAGGUGGUGGGCCUCAUCUCCGUGACGACCUGUCGUUCGGCUAAAGAGUGGCCCCAAACGUCGGACCGUUUCCAUUGCCAGAAGGAUGUGUUCGGAGCCACGCUGUACGACUCACGGCUCCUGGUGUUCGGGUUGCAGGGGGAGAUAGCAGAGCAGCAGAGGACGGAUGUGGCUUUCUACCCUAGCUAUGAUGUCUGUCCCGAUGUGGAGAAGAGGGUGGAGGACUUUGUGGAGUCCAUCUUCAUUGUGCUGGAGACCAAGAGGCUGGAUAGAGCCACAGACAAGUCUGGGGAUAAGAUACCACUGCUUUGUGUUCCCUUUGAGAAGAAAGACUUUGUGGGGCUGGACACUGAUAGCAGGCACUAUAAGAAGCGUUGCCAGGGCCGUAUGAGGAAGCACGUUGGGGACCUGUGUUUGCAGGCAGGCAUGUUGCAGGAUGCCCUGGUUCACUAUCACAUGGCAGUGGAGCUGCUCCGCUCCGUCAAUGACUUCCUGUGGCUCGGGGCUGCGUUAGAGGGCUUGUGUUCAGCCUCUGUUAUCUUCCACUACCCUGGAGGAACAGCAGGGAAGGCUUCUGGACGUGAACCCAGCCUGGCACAUGGCCAGGGCCAAGCAGCCGACGCAGGGAAGAGACACCGGCCAGGGGCGCAGGAGGUACUCAUAGACGCAGGUGCACUCACAGCCAAUGGGAUCAGUGCAGACACCAGCAGUGAAAUCGGUCGGGCCAAGAACUGCCUGGGUCCUGAAGACAUCAUAGAGAAAUACAAGGAGGCCAUCUCCUACUAUGGAAAGUAUAAGAAUGCAGGUGUGAUAGAGCUGGAGGCGUGUGUGAAGGCAGUCAGGGUGCUAGCCAUUCAGAAGAGGGCCAUGGAGGCCUCAGAGUUCCUCCAGAAUGCUGUCUACAUCAACCUGGGACAGCUGUCAGAGGAAGAGAAGAUCCAGCGGUACAGCAUCCUCUCUGAGCUCUACCACCUGAUUGGUUUCCACCGUAAGUCAGCCUUCUUCAAGCGGGUAGCAGCCAUGCAGUGUGUGGCCCCCACCAUCCCAGAGCCUGGCUGGAGGGCCUGCUACAAGCUGCUGCUGGAGACCCUGUCUGGAUACAGCCUCUGCCUCGACCCCAAAGACUUCAGCAAAGGUUCCCACCGUGGCUGGGCGGCGGUACAGGUGCGUCUGCUCCAUGAGCUGGUGUACGCAUCACGUCGUAUGGGAAACCCCGGCCUGUCUGUCCGCCACCUCUCCUUUCUGCUCCAGACCAUGCUGGACUUGCUCUCAGACAAAGAGAAGAAGGAGGUGACUCAGAGUCUGGAGAACUACACGUCUAAAUGUCCUGGAGGAAUGGAGGUUCUCACCCUGCCUGAUGGACUCAAACUGCCCCCAGUACCGUUAAGCAAGCUACCCAUCGUCAGAUCAGUGAAGCUGCUGGAUCUGCCCGUCAGCCUGCGUCCCCACAAGCAGAAAGGCCUUCUGGAAAACAACAUGUCCUCCAAGAGUCCCUUCAUCUACUCUCCCAUCAUCAUGCACACCAGAGGAGAGGAGCGCACCAAGAAGAUAGAGUUCCGGUGGGUCCAGGGAGAUGUGUGUGAGGUCCAGCUGAUGGUCUACAACCCCAUGCCCUUUGAACUCCGCGUGGAGCACAUGGGUUUGCUGACGUCGGGCGUGGAGUUUGAGGCCCUGCCUGCUGCCCUGUCUCUCCCUGCGGAGUCUGGGCUCUACCCCGUCACCCUGGUGGGGGUCCCACGCACCGCAGGCAACAUCAACGUCAACGGCUACCACACGUCAGUGUUUGGUGUGACCAGUGACUGUCUCCUGGACGGUCUACCCAGUGUGAGGACCAGUGGCUGUGUGGUGGAGGUCAUUCCAUCACUACCCCGUCUCCAGCUCAGCACCUCUCUACCACGGUCAGCCCACCCCCUCCGGCCCUCUAAAGAGGAGUUGUCCAGCAGUGUGUCUGUCCAGCUCUUUAACGGAGAGACCCAGCAGCUGAUCAUCACUCUGGAGAACAUCGGCUCUGAAGACCUGGAGACACUGGAGGUCACCUCCAAGGCCUGCAAUACUAAAGAGAAGCUGUUUGGAGAGUUCCUGAGCUGGGACCUAGAGGAGGCUGUGUCUCAGCUGCCUCUGAAGCCAGGCCAGUCUGUCACCCUCACUGUUAACGUCAAAGUCAGACUGGACUUCUCUGGAGGAGAGAACCUGCUACAGGACCUCAAUGACGAUGGGAUCAGUGUGACAGGCCUUCCCAUCUCCAGCCCCCUGAGACAAGUCCUCAAACCCCGGGCCGAGACCAAGCCCCUGGGCAGUGAGUCCAGCAAGACAGACUACAACCACGUCAAGACGUUGGAAGCUGUGAUGACCUUUAAGUACUCGGGGGGAGCAGGCAAGGUGGAGGGCUACUAUCGGGACCUGUCCUUGGGAGUGCAUGUUGACGUAGAACCCUCUGUGUUCUUCACCAAAGUUAGCACACUACCAGCCACCAGAACCCGUCAGUGCCACCUGCUGCUGGACGUGUUCAACUCAACAGAACAUGAGCUGAUGGUCAGCGCCAACAACAACCAGGACCUGGUGCUGCACCCCUCAGAGUGUCAGAGGAUGGCGAUCCAGGUGGCUAAGUUCGACUUUCACACGUUGCCUCAGCCGGACCAGGAGGCCGUGCGCUACACCAACCCCAAACUACUGGAGGAGGAGAGGCUUCACACCCAGGCCUCCAUGAUCAGCAGCACCCUGGGCAUCACCUGGAACAUCCCGUCUGUGCGUCGCCAGGGAGAGGCCAGUGUGGAGGGAGUUCUCAACCAGUUGGUCCUCGAGCACCUGCAGCUGGCACCUCUACAGUGGGACGUGGUGGUGAACGGGAAACCGUGUGACUGUGACAUCAUCGCUGACUGUAAGGUGGGCGACGCUGUGCCAUUGGAGGUGAAACUGACCAAUCGUAGUAUGAAUGCGGUCGGACCGUUCGCCCUGACUGUGGUUCCCUUCCAGGACUACCAGAACGGAGUUCAGAACUAUGACCUGCAGGACGCAGUCACCUUCAUAGGAUCUAACACCUUCUACAUAGACAUGGUGAAGCCCACAGAGAACUCUGUGUGUAUGGGAGCCCUCCUGUUCCUCUACACUGGAGACUUUUACCUCAACAUCAAGUUCCAGGAUGACAGUGCUGGCCAGGGCAAGGAACUGCCCCCAUCCUGGUUCGGCCUGCCCAGCGUACACAUCAAAGCCCUGGAGGCGCCUAUCGAGGCUGGGGCAUAGAGCCUGGCACUCUUUACAUGAAUAUCAAAUGUAUUUUUCCAGAUUUCUUGCAUCAUUCUCCUCGGAAAAUAUAGGUUCGCCCACUUUCUGAACAUCACUGAAGGCAUGGAUGGAUGGGUAGAUGGAUGGGUAGAUGGAGCACUCGAGGAGAGUACAGUGGGAUGAGGACACAACGGACUAAAUAUGCUAGCAGGUAGCUGAUGUCACUCAAUAAUUUGCAGUAACUCUGUUUGAGGUAUUUUUGUGUACUCUAUGUUAAAGCAUGAAGGAUACAGUAGGUCUUGGAAAUCACCUUUUGAAUAAUUUUAUGAAUUUCAGCACCAUGAAAUCAGUCAUCGAAAUGUAUCAGCCAUGAUGGAGGUUUUGUGGAAAGAUCAUAAGGUCUCCUCUUUCCUGCUUUUCACUCAACUUACCAGGGAUGUAAGAGCAUCAUACCAUCCUGAUGGGCUCCAAAUGGCAGUGGUGGAAAAGUACCCACAUGUCACACUGUAGUAAAAGUAAAGAUACCUUAAUAGAAAAUGACUUGAGUAAAAGUGAAAAUCCCCCAGUAAAAUAUUACUUGAGUAGUAGUAUUUGGUCUUAAAUAUAAUUAAGUAUUAAAAGUAAAUGUGAUUCCUAAAAUAUACUUAAGUAUUGAUAGUAUAAAUCAUUUAACAAUCUCUAUAUUGCAAACCAGACGGCACGAUUUUCUUUCCAGGCGGCACCUUUUUUCAGACAUAAUUUACAAACAAAGCAUUUGUGUUUAGUGAGUCUGCCAGAUCAGAGGCAGUAGGGAUGUUCUCUUGAUAAGUGCGUGAUUUUGACCAUUUUUCUGUCCUGCUUAAGCAUUCAAAAUGUAACGAGUACUUUUAAGGUGUAAGAGAAAAUGUAUAGAGUAAAAAGUACAUUAUUUUAUUUUGCAAUAUAGUCAAGUAAAAGUUGUCGAAAAUAUAAAUAGUUAAGUACAGAUAUCCCAAAAACUAUUUAAGUAGUACUUUAAAGUAUUUUUUACUUAUUAAGUACUUUACACCACUGCCAAAUGGAAGUUCUUUGUUACUAUGUGUCCAAUCCUUCCCUCUCAACAAUCUAAGCAGCAGAGUAGAGAUACUCUCAUGUGAACAUGAUUAUCAAGCAGCAUCCUCCUGGGUAUAUGAUUCCGUCUGUAAAUGACAUAAUAUAUUAUGAGAAGCACAGUGUAUUACUCUACCACAUGAAUCCACAAUCACCUCUAUCGAUUUGUUGUUUCUGCUUUAGCAAUUAGCUUGAUUCGCUGUUGUUUCUGCUUUAGCAAUUAGCUUGAUUCGCUGUUGUCUCUCUACUCUCUGCGUGAUUGUAAACAUGGAUUUUUACUGCUGAGCUUGUAUAUUUGGGCCUCUGUAUCUCCCUGUCUAUAAAAUCCUACAAUACAUGUAAAUAAAUGUU